AUGGUUACGAUUAAUAAUUCUUCAGUGAAACCGGCAAAUCGAUUUAAAACAUGUAUGAAUUCAAUUCGACAUUUGUCGAAUUCAAAAUGGAAACAAUUUUCAAAUAUUUAUUCAAAAUUUUUAAUACGUUUUUCAUGGUCAAUAUUUUCUCUUAGUUUAUUGAUUACUAUUGGACUUACAGUAUGUUUUUUUUUACUUAUGCAAAUACGUUCAUUUGAUCAAAAUGAUUUUACUCUGCGAAGAAGUUUAACUAUGAAAAAUGCUGCUCGUUUAAGAAAAUUUUUUGGAAAUGAUACUGAAUUACGUAUACAUCAACAAUUGAAUAUUUAUCCAGGAUUAGAUAUUAUUGUAAAAAGAAAAUUGGUUACCAAUGCAAGAAGUGAUAAUCUAACAAAUAUGCUCAAUGAACAAAUUAUGGACGAGAUGCGCAAUUUGGAUAAACAAAUUCAAUCUAUUCAAAUAAAUAGUUCAAAUAAAUCCAUAAUAUAUAAUUAUUCAUCAUUAUGUACAAAAGCAAACCAUGCUUGUAUUAUUGAUGGAAAUUAUAUUUUAAGUGACGACUUUCGUGAAAAGAUGUUUAAUUUACUUCUUCCUAAACAUGGAUAUUAUGCUGAUAAAGAAGGUGCUAAUGGUGUACCAGAAUUUAUCUUUGGUAAAAAUUAUUAUUUAACAAAUGCUUUGCCAAUUGUUUCUGAUUAUGACGAAGAAGAAGAGGAAGAAGAAGAACAACAACAACAAGAACAAGAUGAUUCAGCAAAAAUUGUUCAAACAUCUUCGGACAAAAUUAUAUCUUAUGUGCCACUUUUUCGUCUUCGUUAUUCAUUAAAUACAUCAACAUUAGAAAUGCGUCAAUUAGCCAUUGAUUGGGAACGUGAAGUAUUUCGGUAUCUUAAUGAAGACUUUAAAUCAGAAUUAAUUGAAUUGUUUCCAUUAACAUCAACAGCUAUAUCUGAUGUUAUUACGAAAAAAGCACAUGACGAAGGAUUAUAUAUGAUGAUUAUGUUUUUAGUAUUCUUUGUCCUUCUUUGUUUUUUCAUGAGUAUUCAAGGCAAUUUUCAUACAUCUGUUGGUUAUUUACCACUUUGUGGAAUACUUAGUAUCGGUCUUUCAACUGGUGCUACAUUUGGUUUAAUAUCGAUUUUUCGUAUUAGAGUUAUUGAACCAAUGGUACUUCUGGUUUUUAUUGUUGCUAUUAUUGAUUGCAUGCGUUUUUCAAUUGUAUGUGGCGAAUAUCAUCGAAUAAUUGAAGAACAUUUUAUUGCGGUAACCGAUGCAUCAUCUGAUAUAGAUAUUGAAAAAAUUCUUCCAUCAAUUAUUGAAUCAACUCAUCCAUAUUUUAUAGUGUCAACAUUAAUUAUAUCUUUUGUUUAUUUAUUAUUUCCACUAUGUUCAUUAAUGUCAUCAACAAUGCCAAUUUGUUUAACAUUAGCAUUAUAUAUAUUUGUUAAUUAUAUUGUACAUUCAACAUUUUUUUCAUCAUGUCUUGUUAUAACAAUAAAACGUGUAUCAUCACGUCGUCACUGUUUAUUUUGUUGUCGUUUAUCAAAAGAUUAUUAUACAAAAACAAAUAGAAAAUGUAAUAAAUUAAAAUCAUUAAAAACUAAAAUUCAUUCAUUAUUAAAUGUUGAUUCAAUAUGGAAGAAACUUAUUGCUUCUAUUUUAUGUUUAUUAUUAAUUGUAUUUUUAAUAUUAAGUAUGUGGUUCGGACUUUCAAUCGAUACAAGUUUAUAUGAAGAUAAAUUUCUUCCACGUGAUGCUUAUUCAUUACGAUCACAUAUGCAAUCACAAGCAGAUGAUUUCGACAUUGGUCCUGUUAUUAUGUUUACAAUACCACAAGCAAUUAAUUAUGAAAAUGAACAAGUUCAAUUAGCAAUGCGUUUUCUACUUGAUCAAUGCGUCAAUGAAACAAGAACAAACACAUUUAAAUUAUUGUGGUUAGAUUAUGAAAAUAUCCCUCAUAUAGUAACGGGACAAGAUGAAUUACAAUAUCGUAUAACACCAUUUUCACGAAAUGAUUUAAUUGUAUCCCAAGGACACAAUCAUUCAACAAUCGUAGCAUCAAGAUUUUAUUGUCAAUAUAAAUCUAUUAAAGGUAAAAAAAUAAUAUUUAUAAAAGAAAUGCUUAUAUUUAUUCUUCAUGAAGUUGAAAUAUUCUUCCAGAACGAUCGAAAUUAA